AUCAGAUAGAGGAACCAAGGCCAUGUCACAGUCCUUUGAACGCACCGAGACGGCACUUCAAUUGUCCAGAUCAGAAGGGAAAGCCCCUCAAGCGACCAAAGUAAGGUGGGAACACUUGCUGCUAGCUGUUCCAGAUGUGCUUGGCUUUGCCCACUCACUUUUGAAGUCAAUGAUGAGUUGCAGACACUGCAAGUUGGUGACGAAGCGAGCGUUUCAUGGUACAGAAGGCAGCCCUCCUGAGAAAGUGCACGCGGUUGCUGGAUAGAGUCGAGCUCCUCUGGGUGCAACGGCUUUACUGUAAUUGUGACAAUUUUGGAAAGACUACAUAAGACAUCAUAAGACUACGUAGAAGUAUGUAUAAGUUGUUUAGUGAAGUGAAUUUCCUUCCUGGCCCUAGCUGUCAGAUAGAUGAUCGAAUGGCAGUUUCCCUUUUUUGACAUCGUUUCUCCUGGGAGUCUGACUGCCCAGCGACGUCAACUGGACAUGACGCGACGUGAGUUUUAAACGCUGCAGAAGCCAAGGGCCUGGAUACUGCGAUCGUUUAGUCGACGACCAAAACCUCAAAGUGUCGUUUCCCUCGAUCAACAUUUUCCUUUUCGAGGGAUUUGGGGUUUGGAUUUGGACAUCCUUUUGCAUCGUAUGGCAGUUGAAACAGAUGCCUUUUGUGAAGAUUUGUCGCGACACCUGUAAAUGAAUCGAUUCAGUUGAAUCGAUUCCCACAGCCGAGAAUGGCAAAUAUCAGCUUUUGGUUUUGUUUGGUGAUUGAUAUUUUCCAUAGACCCGCAACUGGGUUUAAAUUAGAUGUCGUCAUCCAGGGCCCGUUGCGCAUCGCACAUCGAAUUUAGGCUCGGCGAGCAAUUAUCCAUGAAGUGGAUUCGUUUGCGCAGCUGAGAGGUCUGGUUGGUGUGUGAGGAGGCGAGUGUCCAUAAUUUCCCAUUCUAUUAUGUUCUAAGUUUUUAUUUCUAAGAAUCCUAUUUGACAUCCAUAUUCUCAGAUUCUAAGCGAUAUUUCUAUCAUGUUCAUAUUGAAGAUGCUGAACAAUCACACACGCGCUUGAGCCCACAAGCGCAGCUCGACAUAUCGUGUGGAGGCGCAACGACGACCGUUUGAAUCGAUGUCACUGUGUCAGCUUUAACGUGCUCGGUUGAUCAGUUUUCAGUAACUGAACUUGGGUCACAGGAGGUCAGGACUCCGUUUGGAUGGGAGGCUGGAUUUCGUCCAGGUUUGGGUCUCCACACUUCUCCGAGGAGCCCGUUUUCCGGUUUGAUUUCUUGUCAACUGUCGAAGAUGACUCAUUUUGGGCAUCACCGCCUCGCCUUUGUGGCUGAUCUGCUUCUCCGCCUGUCGUUGUUUCGUCCACCUCCGAUUCUCAGCUCGAGUGUUUCCAAUGAGGAGUGGGUGUUAAUUCAUCUAUAUAUCUACUUUCCUUACCAGAGCAGCCUUAUGUUGGAUCGUUCGAUCUCUUCUUGUUGCUCCUUUCUUUGCAAUGGAAAAUGUAAUCUCAUCAUGCAUUGAGUUGCGGUAGGUUCUUGUUACCCCUUGUGAUCACACUGUCACACCGUGGCCUUGGCUGAAAUCGAGUUGCGGCAUUGCUGCCCCUUCUAGCAGGCCUUUGCCUCCACAUUGAGAGGCAAGCAGGGGUCCAGGCUUCCAAGUUAGAGCUCGCAGCUUGGUGAAUGUGACCACAGUACCUGCACACCAGACUGGGAGUGAUCCUUUUUCAAUUGAAACAAAACCUGUUGGGAGGCUCUAUGCUUUGGCGAUGGCUUCUGAUUUGGUGCGCUUCGGUGCAGAGUUGCAGCUGUAGCCGUCCACACGCCAGAUAUUUGCACAGCAAGAAAGAUGUUGAAGAUGAUUUUCAGCUGUUAACCAAAGACCUUGACGAGUAUGCCGAGCUCUUGCAGAAUGCCAAGACAGCCUCGCAAUCUGCGGAGGAAGCAGCGCACCAGUUUGCGAAGGAGAAUCCAAAGGAUUUUGCGCAGUUUCAGCAGCAUGUCAAGAGUGCAGCACAAGAAGCAGCAGUGGCCCUUGAGAAGGCGAAUGCAGAGCUGAAAAAGGAGGAUGAGGAAACACCUCGUCAAGCACUCCGAGAAGCAGAAGCUGAAUAGUUGCGGUUGGAGAAAGAGAGCCCGAGUAGCUUUGGGAGUGUGCUAAACGACAGUUUGAACACAGGUUUUGAAUCAAGGUUGCUCGGUGCUAGCCCUUCUAUAAGAAGCCAAGAGGAACUAUUGAACGUGAAAUUAAGGGACCCAGCUCCACCGACUAUUGGUCAUGCCAAAAUGGCAUUCCAAGACUCCAAGACGGCUGAAAGACACCACUGAUACGACGGUUUUGGGCUCAAGAACCUCAAAU